AUGGCGCUUCAUCCUGUCGAACCGGAGCAGCGGAGGAAGAAGAAGACGUCGCACACGUCGGUUAAGCCGUGUGAACCACGACCUAUUCCGAAGGAGCCCUCGAGACCACCACCGCCAUUGCCCGUAGAUUCGUUUCUGCAGGACUUUGUGCCGCAGGAUCAGGCUGCGUCGACGCAGUAUAUUGAUGUUCUGUCGCCGCUUACCGGUACGCCCCCGUCUCGGCCGCAACUAUCUAGCUAUCAUGCGCUUCCUACGAGUCCACUGCAAAAUCCCAUGUACCACUCACCGCCUCUGCAUCAGUCUCCCUAUGGCCAACCACCUGGCUUUCCACCUGCCGAACUACUGGCAUCGUAUCCAAGUCAAUCGACUAUACGCUUCGCUCCUGUUCCGCCGCCGAAGCCACAUGACUACACCUUCAAAGAGCAAAGGGAUAAAAUGGACCGUGUGGCUGCAAAGUCCUAUAGCAAUCUGCGAGAUAGCGCUGGAAAGACAAUGACCAAGGUGACGACCAACUGUAUUGAGCGACCUACGCAUUUAGUGGCUAUGAAGAGCAUGCAGACGCUGUGCAAGGGAGCGGCUCUUUGUGAUAUCAUCAGCUCAAAAUUCGACUCGGUCAUUACUAGUAUUGAUGAAGAGAAGUUUAGUGGGAAAGAGCAGGAUCUCAUCAUUUAUGACAACCAGCAACAACAUGACCAACAGCCACAGCCACCGCAACAUGCACCUGCGGUCCGUCCACCAAUCGAGGAAUCCAAAGUACAGGAAUCACAUCACGUGGACCCGAAUCUUGGAGAACGGAAAGGCUGGAAUCAUUUUUCAAAGGUGUGGCUGUAUGCCAACUCGCGUCUCCCAGCCUAUCUACCUCCUUUCAAAGUAUACCUGCCGACCUAUCCGCUCAUCUGCUUAGCAGCAACGUACUCUGAGCGCGUCUACUCUCCACCGGACUCGAAAGAGGCCCGCGAGAUGGAAACUCACAUCCCCGCCGACUGGCGCACAGGCACCAAAGCCAUGGUCCUCAAAGCCGUCCCCGUCGAAGACCUCAACACCGUCGUCUUUGCCAUCCGCGGCAGCCAGACCUUCAUGGACUGGGCCGUAAACUACAACUCCGCCCCCAGCAGCCCGGAGAACUUCCUCGACGACCCAGAUAACCUCUGCCACUCGGGCUUCCUCUACGUCGCCAAGAAAAUGGUCAAGCCCGUAGCCAGCCGGCUCAAAGUCCUGCUCGAAGAGAACCCGGCGCGCUCCAACUGCAGCCUCCUCAUCACGGGGCACUCGGCCGGCGGCGCCGUCGCAGCCUUGCUCUACGCACACAUGAUGAGCACCACCAUCAACUCCGAACUCAACUACCUCACUAGCUUCUUCAAGCGCGUGCAUUGUAUCACGUUUGGCGCACCGCCCGUCAGUCUGCACGCGCUGCGCAAACCCCCGGAUCUCCGGCACCGCAAGAGUCUGUUCUACAGCUUCAUCAACGAGGGCGAUCCCAUUCCACGCGCGGACAAGAACGUCCUGCGCAGUCUACUGAAAUUGUACACUUCGCCGGCGCCGAGCAGCACUCCAUCUCUUCUUGCCGACACGACGAACAAGUCGAGGUCGAAACUCAGUCUCGGGCAGAAGAAGAGUCAACAGAAGAAUCUCUCGUCCUCGACCGUUGCCCAAGUCCAGCCUUCGAAAUCUAAACUCUGUCUUUCCCGCCCCUCUAAAUAUUCACUUCAACCCACUACCACAACAUCAACAACAACAUCAACAACAACACUCUCCACAUCCCCACCCCCACCCCCACCAGCCACAUGGCCCAUACCCCCCUGCACCCUCUCCCCAGCCGGCCGCCUCAUCGUCCUCCGCCGCCGUCCCUUGCCCGCCACCAAAAGCGACGAGGACGUCGAGGCCGUGACGGUCGACGAUGCCUUGUUGCGCCAAGUCGUGUAUGGCGAUCUGCUGAAGCAUCAGAUGCGCGUGUAUAAGAAGAGGGUGGAUUGUAUUGCUAUUCGCGCGGUCACGGGGGAUUAUGCGUGA